UGAAACAUACGGCGUUCACUUUGAAAACAUGUUCUUUGCUGCGUAGUUAGUCUGGUAAUCAUAGUCAAACGUGGGUGAAAAAUGGCUUUUACGGAUCAAAUGUAUAUAUAAUCGUUAAUGUCCAUUAAUUGAUUUUGUCGAUUCACUGUCAGUUAAAGACCAGCACUUUCCUAGCGAUGUCCGAACACGCAGGUGGGUCGCCUGACGCACCUGAAGUGACUGAUCCUGUCCCAGACGAGCAUGGCCAAUUGGAUUUGGUAAUGAGUGAAAAUAAUAAUGCCGUAGAAGAGGUACAAUCUGAAACCCGUCCACAAACUGUGGCGGAGGGGAUGGCAACAGAAACUGGUCCAACCUUUUUGACCUCAGGCGAGAUUAUGUAUGAUGUCGAGGAAAGGGAAGGACACCCUUCUGACCAGAGUCAGGAUAAUGCAGAUGUCGAGCAAAGGGGGGGAAGUCCUUCUAACCAGACUCAGGUCAGCGACCGUUCUGUUGUGGUAAACUCCACGGCCAGUGUUAAGGUUAAGCUAAUGCCUGAAGGACAUAUGAUGACCAUUGCCUUCACCAUUGGUGUCACUGCCAGGGAACUGAAAGAGCACUUUGCCAAUGAACUGAAAAUCCCCAAAGAAAUCAUACGCCUAUCCCUUGAUGGGACAAUAGUGCGGGAUGACCAGACUCUUAUUGACCUGGGGGUUCAGCCCCAUGGCACUGUCCAGCUGGAGAUGACCUCCUCUGACCCUGAGAGACACCCCAUCCGCCUGGUGAAGCCCCAGCAGCAGUACACCAUGUCCGACGUCAUCACUGUCCGAGUCCAGACAGAAGACAACACCUAUCAGGACGUGGUGGUGGAGAUCGAGAGGGCCACCAGGAAGAAAGCUUACCUGGGCGGCUACCGCCACACCAUGACCAACGCUGAGUUCCACCACGCCGCCGUGCAGACCAUGGCCAAGACCAAAGCGGGGAAAGGAGUGGAGACCUUCAGCCGCGACACACAGACGGUGGAGACUAAGUCCCAGGCCCAGCAGUGCACCUACAACACCUCCACCCAGAUGACCAAGACAGGCUGCUACGUCUCCAGCAAGGAGGACAAGCUCAUCAGCCCCCGCCGAUACCUCACCGCAGACGAAUACCUAAGCACCAGACUCAAAGCUGUGCUCACUCUGCAGACGCACUUCCGGAGUUGGCAGGCCAAGCGUCUGACCAGCAUGCUGCGGAGUGACAAGGAGAUGUGCCGCCUGUGGCUGGAGCAGGAGGAGCAGCGCAAGAGGCAGGAGAAGGAGGACUACAUCCGAGCAGAACACCACCGCAGGAUGAACCCCCAGAACAAGGAGGACUUCGCUCUCCUCUACAACGUGCUAGAGAAGUGGCGUCGUGAGGAGCUGGAGCGUAUCGACGGCACGCUGAGCGGCGCGGAGAGGAAGGCGGCCCUCUGCAGCCUCCUGGAGGAGGAGACCCAGCUCAUUGCCUCCAUCGGGAGACACCGCAUCGUCGCCGGAGACAAGGGACACGCCAAGGCCGUGCAAGCCUUCCUGGAUAAGUGUGCAUCUCCCAGAAAAUGGAGGGCGUUCGAUGGGAAGAUGACGGAGAUGGACACCCAAUUCACCAUACGGGCCAAGGAGCUGAGAGACCUGUACACCAGCAUCACCGUACACUACCUCACCCAGGAGGAGAGGCUGGACGUGCUGCACACACUCAAGAAGACAGUCUUGGAGCAUGACUGUAAGCUGAGCAGGGACAUGGCAGAGCUAGUGGACAGGGAGGUGGACCUGCUGGUGCGGGGGGUGAAGGAGACCAACCUGGAGGGCCUGAGGAAGCGCAUCGCCACCCUCUUUCUCCAGUUCAUCAAGACCCCCGCCUUCAACCCGCAAGUCACCAAGCUGCUUAAGAUCCCUCAGGACCCGUCCGAGCUGAAGAACAACAUCUACCUGUGCCGCAGUUGCAACGUCUACCUGCCGUCCACCAGCUUCACGCUCACGGCCAACGCGCUCGCCGUGGGUAACUGCCGGCGCUGCCGCGAGCUGGACAAUGAGGCGCGGCGCCGCGAGGACCUGCUGCACUACAAGAGCCUGCUGCGCCGCCUGCGCAAGGCCGAGAGCCAACACAACCCCGACGCCAAGAUCCCCUACCUGUUGCAGGAGCAGGACCUGCGCUACCUGGUUGACGUGGUGUGGGGGGCCCAGUCAGCGCUCAGCGCCUGGGACAACCUGCACGACCUGGUGCUGGUGCGAUGGGACCAGCAGUGGGAGUGGAGCCCCUGGAACUGCAUCCUGCUGACCAAGGACGAGGCCACCGCACAUCACAAGGUGGACAACAUUGAUAAGGCUUACGGCGUUGUUUUCAUGCGUAUCGUGAAACACAGACACACGCUGGCUCGUAAGUACUUCUCCCAGAUCCCCGUGAUGGCUGAGUACCUGCAUGAUGUCCACUCCAAGGUCACCGCCAACAACAAGCUGCUGGUUGCCAGGCCCAUCGCAGUCUCCAAGUGAAGGAGCUUCACAGGGCCAUGACAUACAGUAGGGGAACUGGGCAACUUUUGGAGCAAUGUUGGUGGGCCGCAACAUGAUGGCUUGGAUGAUGAUAAUGAAAACUCAAGAUUAUGGAUUUUUUUUUUGCCAAAGUGCAUACAUAUAACAUACAGUUAUUAAAACCUUACGUGCUGUAGUUGCCUCACCUGGCAACAUUGUUCAAAAAGUUGUCCAGUAUAUUGUUAUUUUGAUAGUGUCAUGGCAACAUUUUCUGCUCCUACUUUGUUGGUCUGGUUUUUCUUAUUUAACUUCAAAAGACACUUUUUAUGAGAAAAUUAAACUAUUUAUCUGCUUA